CAGUCAGAAAAGGACACAUCUUCCGUCUGUAUUUCUAAUGCUUGAAUUUCGACAUUAAGAAAACUUUAGAAUAGCGGCUUUGCUCGUACGAGUACGGUCUCCAUUCUGCCAAGGCCACCAGCUGCUGGUAGCUAGCAGCUAAGCUAACAGAUUUGGCUGUCACAGCAGGUUGGAUGGAGCAGCGUUAGCCCCACAGUCCUCUCAAGGUUGAAGUGGGUGAUUACAGGAGUAUGCUGCUUUUUUAUUUUUAGCCGUAAUAUUAUGCCAAGGAGUGAAAAAGCACUGACCUCUUGUUUUCCUACACGUCUGCGCUGUCAUUGAUGAGGUCAAAGGUGGAUUCAGUUUAAUAUUUAAUUGUGAGCGUGGUCAUGAAGUAAGAAAACACUAACUCCCCUAAGUAUAGAGUUUUUGUGGCAAGGCAAGGUGAACUGGAUAACAACAAAGGCAAUACAUGCUUAAGUGCUUCACAUAACACAUAAAAGACAGUAAAACUAUAGAUGGAUUACUGAACAGGCCGCCUGGGCACAGGCCCAGAGACUGGAGGGGCAAGGGGGGCCCAGAGCUAGAGAUUCUGUUUUUAGAGACACAAAAUGACCACAAACAUACUGAAUACAGCUAUAGAGAGACACAAAAUGAUUACAGAGUGAUGCAAAUUGACCACAAAGAGAUGUAAAACAGCUACAGAAAGAUGCAAAAUUACUACAGAGAGGCAACCCAUAAAGAGAUACAAAACUUCUGCAGAACAAUUAUGAAGAGAUUUAAUCCAACAAAAACCCCAGUGAGACACAAAACAGCUACAAACUACAUAACAUGGCUGCCUGAUGUCUGAUAGGUCUGGAUGUUUCAUAAUAUAGCAGCAGAUCAGAAAUGUAUUUCGACACUAAAGCAUUCAGUGCAGAAAGCCAGUGCAAAGAUCUGGGAGCUUGACUGAUGUGAUCCACCUUCUUCAUCUUAGUGAGGACUGUAGCAACAGUGUUUUGAAUCAGCAGCAGCUGCCUCGUCGACUAUUUAGAGAAAUCUGUAAAGCCAGCGUUACAGUAAUCGAGCCUACUCAAGAGAAAUGCAUUUACAAAAACGCUGUUUUUUUCUAAAUCCUGCUGAGACAUGUCCUUUAAUUCUUGACUUAUUCUUAAUGCUGAUUGUGUAUUUGUCUUAAUGUGUAUGUUAAGAUGUAGGACCAAUGGUAGCAGCUGAAGCUGAGCACUGAUUUUUACUCGUUCUUGUCUGACUCCAAAAACAAUUAUUGGACUAACCUGGAGAAAUUUUAGCACAUUUAGUAAUUGAUGUGUUCUCAGUGCUGGUGUGGCACCUGUAUAAUUAUGGUACGAUAAUCUGUUGUUUUCCAUAAUCUGAGUUAAUGGGAGAUGUUAAAGGAAAACUUAAGUCACAAGGAGAUGUUUUAAAUAAGUGUAUAAUUCAAGUUAAGUGCUGUUUUAUAAAUUAUGUACUGUUGUUCCAGAGAGAUGUUGCUGCUGGUGUUGGGAGUUCUCCUCCUUCUCUUCUGCAGUCUGGAUGUGUGGUACUUCUUACGUGGUGCCCAGGUGUUUAUCGAGGCGUGGUUCCAACCCAGAAUAUGGGACAUUCUAGCUGAGCAAAGUAUUGAUGGCAUGGUCCUCCCCCAUGAUUUGGACUACAUGGGCCACAUGAACAACUCUCGAUACCUGAGGGAGUGUGACUUUGCUCGCUUCCACCAUUACAUGCGAAAUGGCCUGUUCUUGGCCUCACGCAAACUGGGGGCCAAAAUGGUGGUAGGGGCUUCCACAAUUCGGUACCGGCGCUCCUUAGCCUUCCGUGAGGCUUUUGAGAUUCGGACCAAAAUAGUAGGAUGGGAUGAGAAGGCAUUUUACUUGGAGCAGCGCUUUGUAUCCAAGAAAGAUGGCUUCGUAUCGGCAGUCAUGCUCUGCAGGCAGAAUGUGGUACACUGCAGCCCAGAGAGGAUUAUCGAAUUUGUCUGCAAAAGGAAGAUCGAAUGCCCUGAGUUUCCUGAGGACCUCAAACACUGGAUCAGCUUCAUUUCAGCCAGCAGUCAGGCCCUGAGAGCGGAGAGUGGACUGGAAGAGAAGAACAAGUGAAACCACACCAUGACACUCAUGAGUGUAGAUACAUAUCAUUUACAUUGCACGCACACAUACAGUAUACAGUCAUACAUACACGCACACAAACAGCUAAACAUCAUAGAGAGUUUUAGUUGACUUACAAGAUUCCACUUAUCUGUUUUGGGUCAAUCCUACCUGCAGUGUAUUUUUGUAUGAUGUGAACUGAAGUACUGAACUUACAGCAGCUGAAUAUUAAAACUUGAACUGUAAGGUAUUCCAUAUUUUAAAAUGCACUUGUGCACUGGGAUCAUAAUGAAAGUUGUUCUCUCAGAAGAAAGGGAAACAAAAACGUAGCUUUAUCCUUGCAACUUAUUCAGUAGUUAACUGUGAAUAAACAUUUUCAUUCUCAUUUAGCAAAAUCCUCUAACUUCAGAUACGCAUGUAGAGCAAACGUUAAUCUUCCACUGACAUCAGUGCAUGUUUUGAAACACGGAAUAUUUUUUGUGCCUGUUUCUCUUGAUUAGCCGUAGUUUACAGUUAGAUUUCAGAGAAUUAUAACUUUUUAUGAAAAAAGAACAAACAGUAGGUGUGAUGAAAUGCUUGAGUGGACAUUAUGGACAUGUAAUGACAAUUAGUUUUAAUGUUCCCAUCAGCAUUUUGCACAAGGUAACCCAAAUGAGUUAACAAAUUGUUAAAAAUCUGAUCGGGAAUAUUUCUUUUUGAGGGAUCCUUUUAUCAGUAUAGUAUUGUUCUUUUACCAAAUUUAUUAUUCUUGCAUUCAAAGGGUGGGCUUCUUGAUUGCAGUUGCAUGUGAUUUUAGGAGAAUGUGCUCAAAUCCAAAUUGACAGGCAUGAUAAGCAAAUGCUAAUACUGUAUGAGGUUGCUGGCAACUUUUCAAAACUUGCAAUGCACGAUAAACACUGAAUGUUUGGAUGAUGCUUGGUUUUUAUCGAGACAGCCUUUUGAAAUCUGGAACCUUCCCUUUGAUGCACCAAAGCUUUAGUUUGUGACCAAAGUAAUGUAUUGUUGUGUAUGAAGAGGAAACAAAGUCAGUUUUUAAAGAAGAUGUAUGUCUAACCUGUUGUUUAUGUUGUUAAUGCACAAAAUCCUUUAAGUUUAAAGAUAUGUGUUGUCCUUUUUAUUUUCCACUUAUAUUAUUUAAGAUUUAUUGAAAUGGAUUCCUGUAACACACUUCAUGUAUUGUGUUUGUUAAUUAUUUAAUGGCAUUUUAAAUUAAAAAUGCACUGGACUCUAUGUGUGGUAUAUGUUCUU